ACUUCUUUCCUCACAUCUCAAAAACCCUAUCUUUCUCUUUCUUCAAUUCUCAAUUGUACAGUUACUUUUCCGCCUCCUCAUCUAAUUACUACUUUCUCUCUCCUCUUUUUCGCUAUUGUUCUUCGACAAAUUCAAUCUUAAAUCUCUAAUUAUUCAGACUUUCGUUUAAUUUUUAUAAAAAUUAUUAACGAUGGCGGUAGCAAUUCUUCAACCACAUGAUUGUUUGAAAAAACACCAUCCUCACCGUCGUCAGCUAUUUUCUUCGGUGAAUAAACCUCAACCUAACCCUAAUCCUACCAGAUCUAACCGAAGGAGACGUAAUUCACCUCCACCUCCUUCUAACGGCCCUGUUAGGGCGGUUACCCAACAACUCCGCCCCAAAAGCCCACCCGUUUCAGGUCAAAUCAGGAUCUUAAAACGCGGUGAGGAAAUUAGCCUCCCUUCUCCUCCUCCAUCAAAGAAGCCCGAACCGGAACUCCAUUCUUUUCCCGGUCCGAUUAUAAACGGAUUUUACGCCGGUUCAGCUUUUGUGACGUCACCCCCGCCAAGCGAACUGCCUUUGCCGGCCUUUUUCACGAAGAGAAGCUCCGGUAAAUUUCACAACAAUGAGAUCGCGGCGUGUGAGCUUAGGAGAGUUCUCAAACUCGAAGCUUUUUAACCAGCUUUGGUUUUAAUUUGGAUGGGAUGAGUACAGAGAAAGAAGAAACAAAACUUUAAGGGAAUUUGGUAAAGCUUUUAAUUAAUUUGGGGUUAAGUCUUAAUUAAUUUAAUAUGAAUUAUUGGGUAAACUUUAGAAGAAGAGAAGUUAAGCUUGUUUGCGGCAAUAAAUCCGAGAAAUUCCUCGUAUUUUUUCCAGUAGGAAAAUCGGAUGAAAUUGGUGCAACAACUCAUACUUGUUUUUAGUAGUAAAUAAUGGUUAGCAUUAGUUUUAGUGUAAUCUUUUACAUAUAGUUUUGUGGGUAUAAUUAUAUGUAUAGGUUCUGGGAUUGAAGCUGAUGUUGGUAGUUUGGGGUUUGGUUUCCAGUUUAUUAUUUUAAUUAAUGCCUUUUGUUUUUACAUUAUGGGUUGUAUUGUUGCUAUGAUCAAGGUGUAUUGUAUCACACAUACAAAAUGAUGUAGCUCUUUAUGUUUAUUUUAUCUAUUAUCAAGAAAAGUAAUAUUUUUAGUGAACGAAA